AUGGAAUUGCUGACAGAUUCUGUUUUUUCACUAUUCUCAGACCCGAAGAGCAUCACGUGCGGCAUCGGAGGAUACAUUUAUGAUCCUGAUGAUUGUCAGGUUUUCUACAAGUGUGAUUAUUCGAAAAGGGCUGGAAGGUACAUCCCGGUGAAAACAAUUUGUACUCCGGGUACUGUGUUUUCGAAAGAACGUCAUAACAGAUGUGUGCCACCAAAAAAAAGUGGUCGUCCAGAGUGCGAAGGUGCUCGUCCUCCGAGUCAGUACAGCUUCAGACUUAAAGACCAAAAUUCAAAUUCGUCAUCAGGAUCUGUUCAAUUUCCUACAAAGAAGAGUGACGAGAUUGUCUGCAAAAAGCAAGGUUUCCUAGAAGAUCCCAAGGAUUGUACCAAGUUUUACUUAUGCAUAGUCAGCGGGGUGAAUGCUUUCAAAAAGUACGAAUAUAAUUGUCCAGAAAGCACGGUAUGGGAAACUAAACGAAGAUGGUGUGUACUCUCGUGGGCUACGUCUCGAGAAGAGUGCAAGACUAAUGAUGUGCCAGCAGAAGUGCCACCUGAUGCAGAUAUCGGUUUUCCGGCAUUCGGACCUCCCGAACCAGAAGUAGCGCCACCGGCUGAUGCUUCAGGACAGGAUACUGGGUUAAGCAGUCAGCACUCAGAAAGCUCCGGAUAUGAGAGCGAAUCGGGUUAUCACCAGUCAGAAAGCUCUGGUUAUCAGAAUGAAUCGGGCUAUCACCAUUCGGAGAGUUCCGGACAUGGAAGUACAUCAGGUAAUCAUCAUUCAGAAAAUUCUGGAAAUGGAAAUGAAUCGGGCAAUCAUUCAGAGAGCUCCGGCCACGGAAACGAGUCAGGCAAUCAUAAUUCCGAGAGCUCUGGACACGGAAACGAAUCAGGUAGCCAUCAUUCAGAGAGCUCCGGACAUGGAAGUGAAUCAGGCAAUCAUUCAGAGAGCUCGGGACAAGGAAACGAGUCAGGCAAUCAUCAUUCGGAGAGCUCUGGAAACGGAAACGAGUCAGGUAGCCAUCAUUCAGAGAGCUCCGGACAUGGAAGUGAAUCGGGCAAUCAUUCAGAGAGCUCGGGACAAGCAAACGAGUCAGGUAAUCAUCAUUCGGAGAGCUCCGCCCACGGAAACGAAUCAGGUGGCCAUCAUUCAGAGAGCUCCGGACAUGGAAGUGAAUCAGGCAAUCAUUCAGAGAGCUCGGGACAAGGAAACGAGUCAGGCAAUCAUAAUUCAGAGAGCUCUGAACACGGAAACGAAUCAGGUAGCCAUCAUUCAGAGAGCUCCGGACAUGGAAGUGAAUUAGGCAAUCAUUCAGAGAGCUCGGGACAAGGAAACGAGUCAGGCACUCAUAGUUCAGAGAGCUCUGAACACGGAAACGAAUCAGGUGGCCAUCAUUCAGAGAGCUCUGGACAUGGAAGUGAAUCAGGCAAUCAUUCAGAGAGCUCGGGACAAGGAAACGAGUCAGGCAAUCAUUCAGAGAGCUCUGGACAAGGAAACGAGUCCGGUAAUCACUCGGAAGGCUCUGAUACCGAGUCGGGUAAUCACCAUUCAGAGAGCUCUGGACACGGUAGCGAGUCAGGUAAUCAUCAUUCGGAGAGCUCUGGAAACGGAAACGAGUCAGGUAGCCAUCAUUCAGAGAGCUCCGGACAUGGAAGUGAAUCGGGCAAUCAUUCAGAGAGCUCGGGACAAGCAAACGAGUCAGGUAAUCAUCAUUCGGAGAGCUCCGCCCACGGAAACGAGUCAGGCAAUCAUUCAGAGAGCUCUGGACAAGGAAACGAGUCAGGCAAUCAUUCAGAGAGCUCUGGACAAGGAAACGAGUCUGGUAAUCACUCAGAAGGCUCUGACACCGAGUCGGGUAAUCACCAUUCAGAGAGCUCUGGACACGGUAGCGAGUCAAGUAAUCAUCAUUCGGAGAGCUCUGGACAUGGAAGUGAAUUAGGCAAUCAUUCAGAGAGCUCGGGACAAGGAAACGAGUCAGGCAAUCAUUCAGAGAGCUCUGGACAAGGAAACGAGUCCGGUAAUGACUCGGAAGGCUCUGAUACCGAGUCGGGUAAUCACCAUUCAGAGAGCUCUGGACACGGUAGCGAGUCAGGUAAUCAUCAUUCGGAGAGCUCUGGAAACGGAAACGAGUCAGGUAGCCAUCAUUCAGAGAGCUCCGGACAUGGAAGUGAAUCAGGCAAUCAUUCAGAGAGCUCGGGACAAGCAAACGAGUCAGGUAAUCAUCAUUCGGAGAGCUCCGCCCACGGAAACGAGUCAGGCAAUCAUUCAGAGAGCUCUGGACAAGGAAACGAGUCCGGUAAUCACUCGGAAGGCUCUGACACCGAGUCGGGUAAUCACCAUUCAGAGAGCGCUGGACACGGUAGCGAGUCAGGUAAUCAUCAUUCGGAGAGCUCUGGAAACGGAAACGAGUCAGGUAGCCAUCAUUCAGAGAGCUCCGGACAUGGAAGUGAAUCGGGCAAUCAUUCAGAGAGCUCGGGACAAGCAAACGAGUCAGGUAAUCAUCAUUCGGAGAGCUCCGCGCACGGAAACGAGUCAGGCAAUCAUUCAGAGAGCUCUGGACAAGGAAACGAGUCAGGUAAUCAUCAUUCGGAGAGCUCGGGACACGGUAGUGAGUCAGGUAAUCAUCAUUCCGAGAGCUCUGGACAAGGAAACGAGUCCGGUAAUUAUCAUUCGGAGAGCUCCGGACACGGAAACGAAUCAGGUGGCCAUCAUUCAGAGAGCUCUGGACACGGUAGUGAGUCAGGUAAUCAUCAUUCGGAAAGCUCCGGCCACGGAAACGAGUCAGGCAAUCAUUCGGAGAGCUCCGGACACGUAAACGAGUCAGGCAAUCAUAAUUCAGAGAGCUCUGGACACGGAAACGCAUCAGGUAGCCAUCAUUCAGAGAGCUCCGGAUAUGAGAGCGAAUCGGGUUAUCAUCAUUCAGAAAGCUCUGGUUAUCAGAAUGAAUCGGGCUAUCACCAUUCGGAGAGUUCCGGACAUGGAAGUACAUCAGGUAAUCAUCAUUCAGAAAACUCUGGACAUGGAAAUGAAUCGGGCAAUCAUUCAGAGAGCUCCGGCCACGUAAACGAGUCAGGCAAUCAUAAUUCAGAAAGCUCUGAACACGGAAACGAAUCAGGUAGCCAUCAUUCAGAGAGCUCCGGACAUGGAAGUGAAUCAGGCAAUCAUUCAGAGAGCUCGGGACAAGGAAACGAGUCAGGUAAUCAUCAUUCAGAGAGCUCCAACCACGGAAACGAGUCAGGCAAUCAUUCGGAGAGCUCCGGGCACGUAAACGAGUCAGGCAAUCAUAAUUCAGAGAGCUCCGGACAUGAAAGUGAAUCAAGCAGCCAUUCAGAGAGCUCUGGACACGGGAACGAGGCGGGUAAUCAUAAUUCGGAGAGCUCCGGACAUGGAAGUGAAUCAGGCAACCACUCAGAGGGCUCUGAUAACGAGUCAUCAGGUAAUCAUCAUUCAGAGAGCUCUGGUUAUCAAAACGAGUCAAGCAAUCAUCACUCAGAAAGUUCUGUACAUGGCAAUGAAUCGGCCAAUCAUUCAGAGAGCUCCGGACAUGAAAGCGAUUCGUCUAGUCAUCAGACGGAGAGCUCUGGACAUAAAAACGAAUCAGAAGCGACUUCAUCACAGGAAUACGGAUCAAAUGAGCACAAACCAUGCGCCCCUGAACAUGUAAAUCCGGGAGUCCCUGCAGGCGGCAACCAACCCCAAGAGCAUCAUCCACAAGUUCCUAAAUGCCCUAGUAACGUAAACGAGUCAGCGAACUCACAAUCCGGAGGAUCUGAUCAUCAUACUUGUCAAUAUAACGAAAAUCAGCCACAAGCCCCUUCGCAAGGAAGCGGAUCUAAUGAACAUAAACCAGAAAUCCCUCAAUGCAAUGGAUCAGGAGGGCAAUCGACAGACGUCGUUCCUCCCAAAGAGAACGAAUCGAGCGAACAACAUUCAGGUUGUAAUCAAAAACCUUCCGACCACGAUUCACCUUCAAAUGGAGUUAACUUGCCCAGCUCUUCUCCCAGUGCGAACUCGACGAGUUGUCCAAUUGGACAUUUAACCGGGGAUCAGGUAGCCCUCGUCUGCCCCACUGGAUUCCGUCGUCACCCGAAAUACUGUAAUUUGUUUUAUCAAUGUACAUCCGCACAUGAGAUGGAUUUCAAAGUGGUUGUAUUAAGUUGUCCGACCAACUUGAUCUACGACUCCGUCAAAAUGCAGUGUCUUCCUCCACACGUUUCUGAACGUUGCACCGGAAUGAUCGCCAAAUCCGCGUUGUACGAAACUCUACAACAGCAUUCUUUAACACCGAUCGACGUCCCAGAUCAUCGUCUAUGUCCAGGACCCGGGCACUAUCCUUACCACAGCAGCUGCAGUGACAUAUUCUAUAAGUGCGUUUCGAACGACGACGAAUCCGUCGAUGGAUAUCUCUAUAAAUGUCCUCCAGGAUUCGUGUAUUGGCCAGGAUCUCGUCGCUGCGAAGACGCAAGUCGUUUUAGUUGCGCCGGAUCGAAUCACUAGGCAGUUCCAUCUUUUUCUCUCUCACUCAUUUUCCCGCUCUGUCUUUUUUCCAAAAUGUAUCUGUAUUCUUCAAAGAUUUACCCAAUUAUACAUGUAUAUAUAGUAA